CGGCGACAGAAUGGAAGUAGCCGGACAGAGUCAGUUGCCUUUGCCCACGGGGAGAGCCCUCUCACAUGGCAUCCCGAUUCCCUUCGAUUCCCCAAUGCCUGAACCCUCAUACAGAGGACCAUAGCCCUCCAAUCCAUUGAUUUUGAACCAGCAUCCCCCCUCAAACUAACACUUCCCGAAAAGCCGGAAUGUCGCCCACCUCCACCACCAUCCCGCCAACGCUGGAAGAAGAAGUCGCGCAGGCCUUCGCCAACAUCAACGAGGUGAUCCUGUACGCGCUGGAGCGGGCCCGCCCGGAGCUCCGCGCCCAGGUCGCCACGGGCUGGGAUCUGGUCGUCAAGCUGCGCACUUACCACGUCAACCUCCCCGCGGACCGCGAGACCGUCAUCGGGUUGAUGGUCGAUGAGGUGCGGAGGUGGUGUCCCAGCCAUCAGCCGACGUGGACCAUGCUAGGCAUCGAUGCGCUGCCGUUUGAGGGCCAGAAUUUGGAGAUCGAGGUCGAUGUUUAUCUUGGGGCCUGAGUUGAGUCCGGGGUUGGGAGGUCGGUCGUGGAGCGAUAUGAGUGGGG